GGUCGUGAAUGAAGUUAAAUCGCGACCGCGAUCGUGAUUCUGUGAUUGCAGUGAUAAAUCACUGUUAAUGAUUAAUCGCGCCAUCUCUAACGUUGACUAUGACUGCCUACUUUCGACGCGUUAUCUAGAUAUAACUAAGUUAAAUAAAUGUAUCUAGUUAUAGCAUAGUUAGUUUCAAAUGCGUGGGUUGUAAAAAUCGGUGGAGGAUUUUUUGAUACGAACCACAUCGAACGAUCGCCAAUCAGCGAUCGGUCACUUUCGAAUCGGUCCAAUCGAAUAAAAAGUUACAGACUGUAUUUUACAUAAGUCAUUCUACUCGUUUUGGUAUGCCAUGUAUAAAAUAAUACCUACAUACUCAUUUUUGGCGGAAAUGAAAAGUUUCCAAGACAGAUUGUUCGAAGUGUCACCCCUUAUAUCGUUAUUUUAUAUAAAUUAUAAAUAAAAUUACAAUUUAAUCCAUAAUUAUGUCAUAUUUAAAUCAGCCCGAUUACGUGCGUUACGUUUGUAGCUGUGGAUCUUUGAAACCAAUAUCACAAACUUAUUUUUGUAGGCACUGUUCGAAAAUAAGAUGCGGCUACUGUAACUGUCAAGAAAUCGACACAUAUUAUUGUCCUAAUUGCUUGGAAAAUUCCACAUUUGUAGAAGCACGACUCGAGAAGAAUAAAUGUUCAAAUUGUUUUGAAUGUCCUUGUUGCUUUCAUACCUUGUCUACAAGAGCAGGGCAUAUACCCUUUAAAACAGCACCUCCUGAAGGAGGAGAAUCCAAAGAUGUUAAAACACCACCAAAGAAAUUUUACUACUUAUUUUGUUCAAUGUGUAGAUGGACUUCUAGAGAUGCUGGUAUUCCUGAUCAAACUAUUGCUACUGGAGGUUGGCCUGAACAAGAAAAUCCAUAUGUAGGACGAAUUAAUACUUUAAUUGAAUAUCAUAAAAUAUUGGCUUCCAUAGAGAAGCUAGAGUGGGAGAAAAAUAUUCGACCAAAGUGUCCUUCUGUGGAUGCCUAUGCUAUAAUACCUUUGUCUCUCAAACGGAUUGUUUAUCCUACAUAUACUGCCAGUAAAUACCAAUCUAGCGAUCAACCUCCUCCAUCUAUUGCUAGUGAAAAUGUGGAAGAACUACCAGCAAACAUUUUUACAGAUCCAGUGGAUAUUACUAAAAUUACUACAUUGGAACAAAGAUUACAACACUUGGAGAUGCAAGUAGAAAACAUGAAUGAAUUACGUCCACAGCGCCGAAAAUAUUUAGUUAAAAGAUCAGAACGCUGUAGAGCAUGUGAGCAUAGUGUUAGUAAACCGGACCUCUGUGCACAAUCCACCAAGUUCAAGAUUCAACUUGCUGCAUAUUAUCAUGUACCAGAAGUAAGAAUUGUUACUUGUGAACCAUUGAGAUCUGGUGAAACAAGCGAACUGCUUUUAAAAUUUUGUAAUCCAACUCAACAUCAAACUCAAAUAACAUUGUUACCAUUGGAUGCGCCAAUGAGUCCUAUAGAAAUUACAUCCAAGGAAGGAGAUGUAAAAGAAGAAAAUGUUCAACAGGAUUCAGAGUCUCCAAAUUUAUUGCCGUCUAUCGUACGGCAAAUUCCUAUCACUGAAGACACUAAACCCAUAAAAGUUACUAUAAAUGCAGAUGUACUUUUGCCUCAGGCUUCUAUAAUACUUGCACCUAGAGAUGAUGCCGCUGAAUAUGAUGAUACAGGUGACACUUAUGACUUACAAGAUGAUCCCAAGCAUAUAGUUUGGCGAAAAGGUAACAAGACAGUAAUAAAAAUCUAUAUAACUCCGCACAAUAGUUUGGAGGAACACAAAGAAAAUGAACCAAUCAUUAUUGGGUUUGUUAUGCAGUAUGAACACGUGAAUACGAUUACAACGCUAGAAAAUAAAGCGUCUAAAAAGCUGGAUCUAAAAGUGAAGUUGUAUUUGACUGUUGGAAAUAUUGUCGGCAAUGCUUAAUAAUUACUAUAAGUUCAAUUUUUGGUAAGAGCUAUUACAGCAUGGAUUAUGGAAGCUUUCGUACUAUGUAAUCCGAGAAUAUAAAAAUAACUUCAUUCCUUAAA